AUGUCGUUCUCAGUAUCAUUAUUGGGGACAUCUUUACUGUCACUGCUUCUGGCUGGUUAUUUGGCUCGAAAAUAUGGACUACCUCCUCCAGCACCUAAAAUUGCUGCUAUCGAUUUGGGCACAACAUUUUCAUCAAUAGGCAUAUAUCAAGCUGUCACUGGGAUAACAGAUAUAGUCGCUGAUGAGACGGGACGGCAAAGUAUACCAAGUGUUGUUGCAUUUUUGCCAAAUGGUACAGUAAUAGUGGGUUCAAAAGCUGUUGAACAACAAGAGCACAAUCCUCUACGAACAAUAUAUGAUGCCAAACGUUUCAUUGGCAGAAAGUUAUCUGAAGACGACCCACAAUUUCAGGUUGAUAGGAAGCGAUAUCCGUUUAAAAUUGAGUUAGACAUGGAAGGGCGAGUGCUUUUUGUCAUACCACUGCAAAAUAAUGUUAUUAAGAAAAUAAGACCGGAAGAAGUUGGUGCAAUAAUAAUAAAUUAUCUUCGAAAAGCAGCCGAGAAGAAAUAUGGGACAGAAAUUAUUUGGGCAGUUAUUUCUGUUCCAGCUGAAUUUGAUGAAGAGCAACGGAAUGCUACUUCAUUAGCUGUUGAAAAAGCCGGAAUGGAAAGUCGUCGUGUAAUUAGUGAGCCAACUGCAGCUGCCCUUGCUUAUGGUUUACAUAAGAAAAAAGACGUUCAGUACAUUGUUGUAGUUGAUUUAGGCGGAGGUACAUUAGAUGUUUCGAUAUUAUGGUUGCAAGGAGGCAUAUUUAUGACAGUGGCAAUGGCUGGCAACAAUAGGCUUGGUGGCCAAGAUUUUAAUAAUCGUGUCCAAAGUGAUUUGAUGCAGUACAUAGAAGAGAAGUACGGCAAGGCGCUUGAUGACCAAGAAGAUAUCCAACAGUUGCGCCUUGCAAUUGAAGCUGCAAAAAUUCAACUUACUACACUUCCUGCCACAAAUAUCGAUUUAAAUUUACGGUCAAUUGGAAAGAUGAUUUAUAGACUUACUCGUGACAAUUUCGAAUUUUUGAAUGAAGAUUUGUUUGAAAGUAUCACAGAACCAAUAGAAGCAGCUUUAAAUGACGCUGAAAUAAAGGCAUCCGAUAUCGAUGAAAUUGUACUGGUGGGUGGUUCAACUCGCAUACCACGUGUUCGUUCCGUUGUUGGUCGUUACUUUGGAAAGGCAGCAAAUCAUGGUGUUGAUCCGGAAUUAGCGGUUGUGACUGGUGCCGCCGUACAAGCCGGUGUUAUCGGUGGUGGUUGGCCUCUUCAGGUAUCUGCUAUAGAAUUACCAGUUAAACGCAGGAAGCAUCAUAUUUUCACAGGACAGAAGAAAUCAAUCCGUUAA